AUGUUCACACGCCCCCUUUUAAGACUUGCCCGACAGAGACCGUCUCUCCGGGCGUCUCUCCGGCCUCUUGCCCGCCCAUUCUCCUCUACAGCCACCAAACCGAGGAUCUGGGGAGUUCUUGCAGUGGCUACAGUGGCUACAGUGGCCACGGAAUCGCCGUUGAUCUCGUACGAGGAGGUCCAGAAACAUACUUCUCUCCACGACUGCUGGGUUAUUAUCAAGGGCCAUGUAUACGAUGUGACAGCCCUGUUGCAAACCCACCCGGGAGGCCAAGAGGCCAUCCUCGCCCAAGCAGGGAAAGACGUCACAAACCUGUUCACAAUGUUACACCCUCCCACGGCGCUUUCGACGCUCCCCCCCAGCGCGAACCUCGGCCCCGUCGAUGCGUCCACAAUGCCGACAGAAGAAGAGCGGGUGUUGACCGAGGAGGAAAUCCUGCAGGAGGAAGCCCGCGAAGAGAUGCCCGAAGCAGCAGAUAUGCUUCUCCUGGACGACUUUGAAGCCUGGGCAGAGCGUGUGCUCAGCGGGACGGCGUGGGCGUAUUACCGCUCGGCGGCGGACGGGGAGAACAGCUUCAUGGAGAACCGCAAUGCGUUCCGCCGGUAUUUCUUCCGGCCGCGAGUGCUGCGCGACAUGUCGACGGGGAGCACCGAGACCAGCUUCAUGGGCGUCGAGACGUCCAUGCCCGUCUUCAUCUCGCCGGCUGCCAUGGCGAAACUGGGACAUCCGCUAGGCGAAGUCAAUCUGACCAAAGCGGCGGCCGAGUGUGGGAUUGUCCAGAUGAUCUCCUGCAAUGCAAGCUGCAGCGUGGAGGAGCUGUUCGAGGCCAAACAGCCUGGACAGGCGCUCUUCUUCCAGAUCUACCUGAACAAGAACCGCGAGGAAUCCGCAGCGCUCAUCCGCAAGGUCGACAAUCUCGGCGCCAAAGCGAUCGUCUUCACGGUCGAUGUUGCCCGCCAGUCGAAACGGACGCGAGAUGUGCGAUACAAGGCGAUGCAGAAUCCCACGCGAAAGACUGACCAGCCGGUCCAGAAGGCCAAGUCGGUGUCCGAGUCGAUCUCGGGAUACCAGGAUACCAAUCUGACCUGGAAGGACAUCACUUUUAUCAGAGAACACACGAAGCUCCCGAUUAUCGUCAAAGGAGUGCAGAGCCUAGAAGAUGUACAACUCUGCGUUGACCACGGCGUAGAAGGCGUCAUCCUUUCCAACCACGGCGGCAGACAAGCAGACUACGCCCCUGCCCCCGUCGACAUCCUCUACGAAAUACGCACGCACCGCCCGGAUCUCUUCGACAAGAUCGACGUCAUGAUCGACGGGGGUAUUCGCACCGGGGCUGACGUCGUCAAGGCGUUGGCUAUGGGCGCCAAAGCCGUCGGGCUGGGGCGGCCGUUUCUCUAUGCCAAUGGCACGCAUGGGCAGGAGGGUGUUGAGCGGGCUGCAAUGAUCAUGCAAGAAGAAAUCACGAAUACCAUGCGCAAUAUCGGGGCCUCGACGGUGGAUGAGUUGAGGCCUGAGAUGGUUGGGCCUGCAGGGCCGUGGGUGGGAUGGAACAGGCCUGUAUAG